GCGACGAGAAAUUUCAACUUGCAGCAAGAGGCAACAUCAAGCAGCUACACUUCCCAUCAACCUACUUCCCUACCUAUGGCGCUCCGUGCACAGUUCGAGAAUAGCAACGAAAUCGGCGUCUUUGCAACAUUGACCAAUGCAUACUGCCUCGUCGCCAUCGGCGGCUCGGAAAACUUCUACUCAGUCUUUGAGAGCGAGCUCGGCGAUGUCAUUCCAGUCAUUCACACCUCUGUCGGUGGUAAUCGCAUCAUUGGUCGUAUGACGGCCGGCAACAGGCGUGGCUUGCUUGUUCCCAACAGCACCACAGAUCAAGAGUUGCAACAUUUGAGAAACUCUCUACCGGAUGCCGUCAAACUACAAAGAGUGGAUGAGCGAUUAUCAGCGCUCGGUAAUGUCAUUGCUUGUAAUGACUAUGUUGCGCUAGUGCACCCUGAUAUCGAGCGCGAGACGGAAGAGAUCAUUGCAGAUGUAUUGGGAGUUGAGGUUUUCAGGCAAACAGUCGCAGACAACGUUCUUGUUGGCACGUACUGUCAGCUAUCGAAUCAAGGUGCCCUGGUGCAUCCGCGAACAACAGUGCAAGAUCAAGAUGAACUCUCAUCCCUACUGCAAGUUCCUCUUGUGGCGGGAUCCGUCAACCGGGGUUCCGAUGUCAUUGGUGGUGGUCUUGUCGUGAAUGACUGGUGUGCCUUUGCAGGUCUUCACACAACGGCCACAGAACUUCAAGUCAUUGAACAAAUCUUCAAAUUGCAAGAAGGCCAACAAAACAUGCGCGAUACAAUUGUCGAGUCUUAUGCUUGAUUAGAUCUAUAGCGUAUCAAAAGAAGUGAUGACCCUGUGUGCUGCUUUUGCCGUGUCGGAUAAUGGUGCAUUGCCUGGUCUCUCGACAAUGUAGCUUUGCAGGCCUGCUUCCUUGGCAGCUUCGACUUCUGCCUUGUUAGUGAUAGUAUGCGAAGAGGUGCUUACCCUUGACGUUGUCUGAGAGAAAGAGCACAUCGCAGGCAGACU